UGAAAGAGGAGGGGGACAGGGAGAUCUCCAGCAGCAGAGACAGCCCUCAGGUCCGGCUGAAGAAGCCCAGGAAGGCCCGGACGGCCUUCACGGACCACCAGCUGGCCCAGCUGGAGCGCAGCUUCGAGCGGCAGAAAUACCUGAGCGUCCAGGACCGUAUGGAGCUCGCGGCCUCUCUCAACCUCACCGACACGCAGGUCAAGACCUGGUACCAGAACCGGAGGACAAAGUGGAAGAGGCAGACGGCGGUAGGACUGGAGCUACUGGCCGAAGCUGGGAACUACUCCGCCCUGCAGAGGAUGUUCCCGUCCCCGUACUUCUACCCGCAGAGCCUGGUGUCCAAUCUGGACCCCGGAGCGGCCCUCUACCUGUACAGAGGCCCCUCGGCGCCCCCGCCGGCCCUGCAGAGACCCCUGGUCCCCCGGAUCCUGCUGCACGGCCUGCAGGGGGGCAGCGAGCCGCCGCCUCCGCCGCCUCUGCCCCCCAUGUCCGGCGUGCUUCCCCGGCCAGCUCAGCAGCGGUGAGCCGGCCCCUGCAGAUUUCUGCUUUUUGUUUUGUACGCCGACUCUGGCAGCUUGGGACUCGUACGGAGAAAUAAAAACAGAAAAAUGAAAACGUGACGAACAAAAGAAAAAAACAAACUGCUCGAGGCCUUUAUAUGGUGCGAAAUGGCCGAUUUAGGCUGAACUCUGUGGACGGAGCUUUGUGACUGAAACUGUCUGUGUGGAAGGACUUUUUUGUGUUCUCUUGGGACAUGAGCUUUAUUUAUAACUUAUUUAUUUUUCAAUAUGAAUCAAAGCAUCUAAGUUAUGUAUUUAUUUGAUCCAAUUUUCAGUAUUUUCAGUGUUUUUUUCCAACAACAAAUACAAUUGUUGGUGGCACU